AUGGCGGAGGAGAAGAAGCCGAAGCUCGGCAGUGCGCAGCUGCCCACUGAGUCCAUGAAGGUGAUGGCCGAGUCGGUGGGCAUCGGGCAGGUGCCCGAGGAGACGUGCCAGCUGCUGGCGGACGAGGUCAGCUACCGCAUCAAAGAGAUCGCGCAGGACGCGCUGAAGUUCAUGCGGAUGGGCAAGCGGCAGCUCCUGACGAUGGGCGACGUCGAUCUGGCCCUCAAGCUGAAGAACGUGGAGCCGCUCUACGGGUUCCACACCCAGGAGUUCAUCCCGUUCCGCUACGCCAGCGGGGGCGGCCGCGAACUCUACUUCUACGAAGAGAAGGAGAUGGACCUGAGCGACAUCAUCAACACGCCCUUGCCCCGCGUCCCCCUCGACGUCUGCCUCAAGGCACACUGGCUGAGCAUUGAGGGAGUUCAACCUGCGAUCCCAGAAAAUCCACCCCCUGCCCCCAAGGAGCAGCAGAAAGCCGAGGCUACCGAGCCUCUGAAGGCAAGCAAGCCUGGCCAGGAGGAAGAUGGUGCCCUCAAGGGCAAAGGACAGAGCGCCACCCCACCUGAUGGCAAAGGCAAAGAGAAGAAGGGGCCCCUCCUGGAAGCAGCCCCACUGAAGCUGAAGCCGCGCAGCAUCCACGAGCUCUCCGUGGAGCAGCAGCUGUACUACAAGGAGAUCACCGAGGCCUGCGUGGGGUCCUGCGAGGCGAAGCGAGCGGAAGCCCUCCAGAGCAUUGCCACGGACCCUGGCUUGUACCAGAUGUUGCCCCGAUUCAGCACAUUCAUCUCGGAAGGGGUGCGGGUCAAUGUGGUGCAGAACAAUCUGGCUCUUCUGAUCUACCUCAUGCGGAUGGUCAAGGCCCUGAUGGACAACCCAACACUGUAUUUGGAGAAAUACCUGCACGAGAUCAUCCCGGCAGUCAUGACCUGCAUUGUCAGCCGCCAGCUCUGCCUCAGGCCAGAUGUUGACAACCACUGGGCCCUGCGGGAUUUUGCUGCUCGCCUCAUUGCCCAAAUCUGCAAGAAUUUCAGCACCACCACCAACAACAUCCAGUCACGGAUCACCAAAACCUUUACCAAGAGCUGGGUGGACGAGAAAACGCCCUGGACCACGCGGUACGGAUCCAUUGCUGGCUUGGCGGAGUUGGGGCCUGACGUGAUCAAGACGCUCAUCCUGCCGCGGCUGCAGGUGGAGGGGGAGCGUGUCCGCACGGUCCUGGAGGGCCCUGUGGUCAGCAAUAUUGACAAGAUCGGGGCUGACCAUGUCCAGAGUCUCCUGCUGAAGCAUUGCGCUCCAGUCCUGGCCAAGCUCCGUCCCCCGCCAGACAACCAAGAGGCCUAUCGAGCAGAGUAUGGCGCCCUGGGUCCCCUCCUCUGCACCAAUGUUGUGAAGGCACGGGCCCAGGCAGCCGUGCAGGCUCAGCAGGUGAAUCGCACCACACUGACCAUCACCCAGCCCCGUCCAACACUGACGCUCUCCCAGGCAGCCCAGGGAGGCAGCAGCACCACCCGGGCACCCAGCAUCAUCAAGAUGCCCGGCUCCAUCACCCUCCCGGUGCAGACCCUUGUCUCGACCCGGCCAGCCACCCCAACGCAGCCUUCGCCUCCACCCACCAAGUUCAUUGUUAUGUCCUCUGCCUCUGGCACUUCCACCUCCCAGCAGGUGAUCACACUCAGCGGUGGCCCUGCCAGCACCUCCACUUCCCCCGUCACCAGCACAGUGCCCAGCACGCAACCCCUUGUGAAGUUGGUUUCUGGAGGGCAGGCAGCCCCCAGCCCCCCCAUCUCAGGCAGCGUCCAGAAGUACAUUGUGGUUUCUCUGCCGCCUGCCACAGAAGGCAAAGGGGGGGGCUCCCAACUCUCCCCCUCCUCCUCUGCUCCACCCAGCCUGGCACUCUCCAGUGGAAGCCUCAAGCAGGAACGCAGCAACAGCCCCCAGCUGCCAGGCAGUGCCAGCAGCACCACCAGUGCCACCGCCUUCCUCACCAAAGCCAGUAAUGGGGGACAGGGCCUGGUGCCCGAGUCUCCACAGCCCCCCAUAUAGAAUUCACACUCUGCCAUCUAUGGGGUGGGCUGGUGAUAGUCUGGUGUUCCAUUCCCCUGUCCCACCCCUCAGGGCUCUAGGAGGAUGACUCCACGGACCAAGCUUGCGCCCCAUUCAGGACUUACCCUUCGUCCUGCCUGCCAAUUUGAUAUUAGAGAGAAUUGGGGCAAUGGGGUUCCCAAUUGCAUGAGUACUCCCUCCAGUGCCUUUGAUAAAAUACUU